AUGGUCAACUCCUGUUGUGGCUCUGUCUGCUCUGAGGAGGGCUGUGGCCAAGGCUGCUGCCGCCCCAGCUGCUGUGUGUCCAGCUGCUGCAGACCCAGCUGCUGUGUGUCCAGCUGCUGCAGACCCUCCUGCUGCCGCCCCAGCUGCUGCCGCCCCAGCUGCUGUGUGUCCAGCUGCUGCCGCCCCUGCUGCCGCCCCAGCUGCUGCAGACCCUCCUGCUGCCAGCCCAGCUGCUGCCGCCCCAGCUGCUGCAUCUCCAGCUGCUGCCAGCCCUCCUGUGGGGGUUCCAGCUGCUGCAGUCCUUGCUGCCAGCCCUGCUGCCGCCCCUGCUGCCGCCCCUGCUGCUGCCUGCGUCCAGUCUGUGGUCAGGUCUGCUGCCAGAGCACUUGCUACCGCCCCACCUGUGUCGUCUCCACCUGCCCCCGCCCCAUGUGCUGUGCCACCCCUUGCUGCUGCUGA